GCAGUGUCACUAGGUCGGUUGGGGGCCCUGGGCACGCCGUAGACCGCGACAGGCCAGAACACGGGCGCCGGCUUCGGGCCGGGAGACCCGCGCAGCCCUCGGGGCAUCUCAGUGCCUCGCUCCCCACCCCCUCCCCCGGGUCGGGGGAGGCGGCGCGUCCGGCGGAGAGUUGAGGGGAGCGGGGCCGGCCUGGAGCGCCAUGAGCAGCCCGGAUGCGGGAUACGCCAGUGACGACCAGAGCCAGACUCGGAGCGCGCUGCCCGCGGUGAUGGCAGGGCUGGGCCCCUGCCCCUGGGCCGAGUCUCUGAGCCCCAUCGGGGACAUGAAGGUGAAGGGCGAGGCGCCGGCGAGCAGCGGAGCGCCGGCCGGGGCCGCGGGCCGAGCCAAGGGCGAGUCCCGUAUCCGGCGGCCGAUGAACGCCUUCAUGGUGUGGGCUAAGGACGAGCGCAAGCGGCUGGCGCAGCAGAAUCCAGACCUGCACAACGCGGAGCUGAGCAAGAUGCUGGGCAAGUCGUGGAAGGCUCUGACUCUGGCGGAGAAGCGGCCCUUCGUGGAGGAGGCCGAGCGGCUGCGCGUGCAGCACAUGCAGGACCACCCCAACUACAAGUACCGGCCGCGGCGGCGCAAGCAGGUGAAGCGGCUGAAGCGGGUGGAGGGCGGAUUCCUACAUGGCCUGGCCGAGCCGCAGGCGGCGGCGCUGGGCCCAGAGGGCGGCCGAGUGGCCAUGGACGGCCUGGGGCUCCCGUUCGCGGAGCAGGGCUUCCCUGCCGGCCCGCCGCUGCUGCCUCCGCACAUGGGCGGCCACUACCGCGACUGCCAGAGUCUGGGCGCGCCUCCGCUCGACGGCUAUCAGUUGCCUACGCCCGACACGUCCCCGCUGGACGGCGUGGACCCCGACUCGGCUUUCUUCGCCGCCCCGAUGCCCGGGGACUGCCCGGCGGCCGGCACCUACACCUACUCGCAGGUCUCGGACUACGCUGGCCCCCCGGAGCCUCCCGCCGGCCCCAUGCACCCUAGACUCGGCCCAGAGCCCGCAGGUCCAUCGAUGCCGGGCCUCCUGGCGCCACCCAGCGCCCUGCACAUGUACUACGGUGCGAUGGGUUCGCACGGGGCGGGCGGCGGGCGCGGCUUCCAGAUGCAGCCGCAACACCAGCACCAGCCCCCGGGUCCCGGACAGCCGUCGCCCCCUCCGGAGGCACUUCCCUGCCGGGACGGCACAGACCCCAACCAGCCCGCCGAGCUCCUCGGAGAGGUGGACCGCACGGAAUUUGAACAGUAUCUGCACUUCGUGUGCAAGCCUGAGAUGGGCCUCCCCUACCAGGGGCAUGACUCCAGUGUGAAUCUCCCCGACAGCCACGGGGCCAUUUCCUCGGUAGUGUCCGACGCCAGCUCCGCGGUAUAUUACUGCAACUAUCCUGACGUGUGACAGGUCCCCGAUCCGCCCCAGCCUGCAGGCCAGAAGCAGUGUUACACACUUCCUGGAGGAGCGAAGGAAAUCCUCAGACUCCUGGGUUAUUAUUGUUGCUGUUGUUGUUGUUUUUUAAAAGGUGUCUUGGCAUAUAAUUUAUGGUAAUUUAUUUUGUCUGCCACUUGAACAGUUUGGGGAGGGGUGAGGUUUCAUUUAAAAUUUGUUCAGAGAUUUGUUUCCCGUAGUUGCAUUGUCAAAAACCCUAUUUCCAAGUUCAAGUUAACUAGCUUUGAAUGUGUCCCAAAACAGCUUCCUCCAUUUCCUGAAAGUUUAUUGAUCAAAGAAAUGUUGUCCCGGGUGUGUUUUUUCUAUCUUCUAAAAAAUAAAAUCUGGAAUCCUG